AUGGACGGGGCUGAGCUCAAAUACAUGUUUAUUAUUGAAUCAAAAGCAUUGAAAGAAAUUGAGUUUGUUGCUGAUUUCACAGGAAGUGAACAAAUAAUUAUUGAGCAAGCAUCUAGUGCUUAAUAAAAUCAGAGUCUUUCAUCAGGCAAAAACGAUAAAACAGCAAUGAUAGUUAAAAAAGAUAUAGCCCCAUAAUAAGUUGAACUAGUCGCUAAAGUGAGACUUUUAAAAAAUUGGAAACUUAAAUCAAAAUUCAGAUUUACUCUUAAAAACCCACCUAUUGAAAGAUAAAAGGAGUUUCUUAGAAAAUAUCUGACAGAGCAUAAAUAAAAAUUGGAUAUUGUAAGGAAGAUUUUCGCUAACAUUCCAUUCUCACUACUACCAAUAGAUUAAGCAGAGUAAAAGUUAAAAGAAAUGAAUAAUCAUAAUUUCAUUGAUUUGGAAUUUGAGCCAUCUGAUUCAAGUGUUUUUGACUAUAACAUAGAUUCCCCCUUUGAUGUAAUUGUCCAUUGGAGAAGGCCUCAAGAAUUUCUUAAAGCUGAUUUUGCUGAAGGACUAAUGGAGCCAAAUGUUUUCUAUGAAACUAUAGAACCAAAUGAUAUCAAGCCAGGCGUUUUAGGUGAUGACUGGUUUUUAUCAGCAGUUGCGAUAUUAGCAGAGAGACCAGCACUCAUAGACAGAUUAUUCAUCACAGAUAAGAUCAAUUCAAGUGGCAUAUAUCGAGUAAAAUUAUGCAAAAAUGGAGAGUGGGUUACGGUUACAGUUGAUGAUUACUUUCCUUGCUAUCCAGAAGGUGAACCAAUCUUUGCUAAAUGUCAUGGAAAUGAAUUAUGGGUUAUGUUACUCGAAAAAGCAUACGCAAAACUUCAUGGGAAUUACUAUUUGCUUAGAGGUGGCUUUGUUAACGAAGCACUUCUAGAUCUUACAGGUUGUCCUAGUAUAUGCUAUGAACUAGAUGAUGAGUAUGUCUAGCACUUCAUAGAAAACGGUUAAUUUUGGGAACUUAUAAAAUACUUUGAUGAUGAAGGAUAUCUUUUAUCAUUUUCAACCUCUGGAGAGGGAAGAUGGAUUGAUAAUAAUUAGAUCUAAGAAAGGCAAAGUGCUAUUGAUGGAGAAUAAGCAGAUAGUAUUUAAAUUAAUCCACUGCCUAGAGGUUAAGCUUUUGCUGUUGCUUAAGUAAAAGAUGUUUUUGGGAAUCAAUUACUUAAUUUAAGAUCUUCUUUGCAACAUUAUGAUUGGAAAGGGGAUUGGAGUGAGAAAAGCUCAAAAUGGACAUAAAAAAUUAAGGAUGCUGUAGGUCCUGUAUUUGUUUAGAAUCAGGAAGAUGGAGAUGGAACAUUUUGGAUGAGUUAUUAGGACACAAUAAAGCACUUCAAAUGUUUGAAUGUUUGCAGGAUAAAAAACUGGGAAGAAGUUAGGAUCAAAGGAAAAUUUAUUAGAGUGCAAGAUAUUGAAGAUCCUAAUGUUGAAGUUGUUAUAUCGAAAUGGUAUUAUUCUCUAGACUUGCAUGAACAAACUAGAAUCUUUAUCGGGUUACAUUAAGAAGAUGAAAGGAUUAAAGGAGUAAUAUAGAGAAGACCAUAUUUAGAUAUUGGUAUUGCAAUUCUUAAGAGAACUAAUGAUGGUGUCGAAUUAGUUGAUCUAAAGGAUUUCGUGCAGGAUAGACAAUGUGAGAUUGAAGUAAAUUUAGAUGCUGGGUCAUAUAUUAUAUUGCCAAGAACAACAGGAUGCACCCUGAAAAGACCAGAAAAUGCGCAAUCACUUAAUCUUAAUCUACUCACUAUUAAUGGAUAUCUGAAUGAACUUUUAGAAUCAGUUCUAGAGGAAGUAUUCAAGAAAUUUGAUAUGCUAUUGAAUUAAGAGCUAACAUAUUGUGAAUUUAAAGGCUUUUGUGAAUGCAUUGGUAGAUCAAAUCUGACUGAAAAAGAAUUCCAACAAGAUAUACUUGGGUAAUUCCAUUCUACAUCUCGAGGUAUAACUGUUAAAGGUUUCAAAGAAUAUUUUAAGCAUUUGAUUCAAGAGACGAAGUAAAAUCAUGGUGGAAGUGAUGAAUAAAUAUGGUAGUUUCUGGAAAAUCUUGGAUAUGAUAGAGAUUUAUAUUCUGUGAGAUCUAGGUGCUUUAUUCUAACAUUCCAUUCUGCUAUUGAGGUCUCAGUAACAGUCAGAGAUGCAGUUUAAACAGAUUUAGACACUAGGACUAACCUUCUUGUAAUAGACAAAUUUGGAUAAGAACUAGAGAAUAAAAAGGGCUAUAAAUUAUUCUAUACAUUUUCAGAGCAAGUUCAUGCCUACUCUUAUGCUGUAUAAAAUAACAUAGGGAAAACUGUAGAUAUUACUUUGGACUGUAGUUUAUCUUCAAAUAUGCUAUUCAGUUCGAAAACUAACAAGAUUACGAAAAGAGUAGAGUCUGGUCAUACUGAAUUCAUGAUUCACUCGAUGGCGAUGCCAAAUAUAAAUAAAUUUGUGAGAAGCGCAAAGUGUAUAAUAAAAGAGAUAAACCAAUGA